UACUGCUCCCGAGCCACGUGGCAGCGCCUCCCGCUGAGCUCACGCGUGGCAACGGUGCGGGGGCUCCGGUGCGCCGUGUGCGUGCGGGACCGAGCCGAGCUGAGCCGUGCUGAGGAGCAAACGGGUUACGCAGCCCGUCUCGCUCUGUGCAACACCCUCUCACCUCACCGCGUCCCUCCCCCCCACACCUCGUUUUCUUCCUCCUCCGGCCCUCCCGCAGCUCGUUAAAUAUUGCUUUUGUUAAUUGACGCCCCGAGUGUUCCCAGCUUCGAGCAGCCCGGGCCGGCCGGCAUCGCGAGCACGCCCAGAUCCGCGCGGAUUUAAAUAUCACUCAAAGCAUCCCUUAAUCAGCUCUUUACCCGUCUCUGGUUCCUUCUGAGGCAUUAAUUGGAUCAUACGCUGCGUUUGAGGAGCUCGCGUGCUUUACCCGACGAGGAAAUUUGCUCCAUCUCCAGCAGCAACCACUGCUCCUUUUGAUGUUGUGGUACGCCGUGCGCAUGCGCUUCACAUUAGAAUUACUGCACUGGCCAGAAUAAGUUGGAUCUCUUCUUCUCUUCACUGAAACCCUAAAUCAUAUCAAAAGCUAAAGGGAUGCUGAGAGUCCGGAAAAAGGGUUACUUUGGGAUUUGGUCAUUCCCUUUAAUAAUAGCAGUGGUGUGUGCACAGAGUGUCAAUGACCCUAGUAAUAUGUCACUGGUAAAAGAGACCGUGGAUAGACUGCUGAAGGGCUAUGACAUUCGCUUGAGGCCAGAUUUCGGAGGUCCCCCAGUGGCUGUUGGCAUGAACAUAGACAUUGCCAGUAUAGAUAUGGUCUCAGAAGUCAAUAUGGACUAUACCUUGACGAUGUACUUUCAGCAAGCGUGGAGAGAUAAGAGGCUGUCAUAUAACGUAAUACCUCUAAACCUUACUCUGGACAAUAGAGUGGCUGAUCAGCUAUGGGUUCCUGAUACCUAUUUCCUGAAUGACAAGAAGUCAUUUGUUCAUGGUGUCACUGUGAAGAACAGAAUGAUCCGCUUGCAUCCAGAUGGGACUGUCUUGUAUGGACUAAGAAUUACAACAACAGCUGCUUGUAUGAUGGACCUGCGGAGAUACCCGCUGGAUGAACAGAACUGCACGCUGGAGAUUGAGAGCUAUGGCUAUACAACAGACGACAUUGAAUUUUACUGGCGUGGGGGUGAUAAUGCAGUCACAGGAGUCACAAAGAUUGAACUGCCACAGUUCUCCAUUGUAGACUACAAGCUUAUCACCAAGAAUGUUGUUUUCUCUACAGGUGCCUACCCAAGGCUGUCUCUCAGCUUUAAACUUAAGAGAAACAUUGGUUACUUCAUUCUGCAGACCUACAUGCCUUCUAUUCUGAUCACUAUUCUGUCCUGGGUUUCCUUCUGGAUUAAUUAUGAUGCUUCAGCUGCGAGAGUUGCUUUAGGAAUCACAACUGUCCUCACAAUGACAACAAUUAACACUCAUCUUCGAGAGACUCUUCCCAAAAUUCCAUAUGUGAAAGCCAUUGACAUGUAUCUUAUGGGCUGCUUUGUAUUCGUCUUCUUGGCAUUGCUAGAAUAUGCUUUGGUCAACUACAUCUUCUUUGGCAGGGGACCUCAGCGUCAAAAGAAAGCAGCAGAAAAAGCUGCCAGUGCCAACAAUGAGAAAUUGCGAAUGGAUGUCAAUAAGGACAGAAGAAUAAUUGGCACAUAUCAUUGUCCAGAAAUGUAUUCAACAAAGAUGGACCCACAUGAAAACAUUUUGUUGAGCACUCUUGAAAUUAAAAACGAGAUGGCUGCCUCUGAGGCUGUGAUGGGGCUUGGGGACCCUAGGAGCACGAUGCUGGCCUAUGACACUUCAAGCAUCCAAUACCGGAAAGCUGGCUUACCCAGACACAGCUUUGGUCGCAAUGCCCUGGAGAGGCAUGUGGCACAGAAGAAAAGUAGGCUACGGAGACGUGCAUCUCAACUGAAAAUUACCAUCCCUGACUUGACUGAUGUAAAUGCCAUAGAUAGAUGGUCGCGCAUAUUCUUCCCUGUUGUUUUUUCCUUCUUCAAUAUUGUCUAUUGGCUUUACUAUGUGAACUAAGAAACAAAGCCACACAGGAAGCAAGAACUGGAUUUCUCUUCAAAACAGUUGUACAGCCAAAAGUGGGACUUAGAAAAAUUCUAUUCAGGACAAAAAGUUAUUUUAAAACACCUUAGUUGCUGGCCCACUCUAUGGUCUGUUUUUAUAAUAUUUUGGUUGUUUCUGCUAAAUCAUAAAUAUGUAAAUUUGCAGUAUGGACAUAUCCCCUUUAUGAAAAUAUAAGUGUAUUUCAAAUGUGAAGGCAAAUUAGAUUCUGACAAUCAUCACUGUCUCACUGUCUCUCACAGCUUCUUUUGUUUUCUUUUCCGAUGGUCAUGUGAGUGUAGUGACACAAAUUAGAGAGGCAUUUGAGAAAAAAAAAAAUCAGUUUCAACAGCAGUAUGUACCACUCAUUCCCUGUGUAAAUGCGUAUCCAGGACAUGCAUGUCCAUACAUUAGAGUGUACUAAGAUAUUAUCAUGCUUAUGAAACACAUGCUUUACCUUUUAAAGGUGUAAACUUGAAAACAAAUAGUGCCUAUCAUCUUUCCAAGAUGAUGAUGGUCAGAGGUUUCCCAACCGCAUUCAGGUUUUUCCUGUUAUUUACUGAAAGAGCUAAACCUUUGACUGAUAAUACUUGGGUUGGGUGUUUGCACAGAUGCUGAAGCAAAAAGCACUAGUUUUCUUUGGGUUUUUAAGAGAUAGCAUAUGCUCACAGUCCCUAUGACUGUAGCUGUGAUCAGUAGAGGAAUGUAGCAGUGGUAUAAGACAAGUUAAAUAAUCAUGUUCUGGCUGGGUAGAUGUGCUGUUUGUUUGGUUUUUUUGUGUGUGUUUUUGGGUGUUUUUGGGUUUUUUUUUGUUUUUUUGGUUUUUUUUUUUUUGCAUGGGGAAAGGGAAAUUGUUUGUCCUUUGUGCCAAAAGGUGAUUGACCAAUUAGUAGUUCUAUUGGUCGCUGAAGGAAACCAAUGGUGCUCUGCCUUUCUACUGAAAGGUAGAGAACAAUUAAAAGUUAAGCACCAGGGAAAGUGAAGGCAACAUAUUUGUAAAAGUACAUAUAUAUAAAUAUAUCUAUACACAUACUGUGCAAAAGAAUGUUGUCAGUCAUAGUAUGUACCUUAGUCUGAAAUAGUCAUGUCGAUUUGUGUGAUUUUUUUAUUUUUUUUUUUACAAUUUGUUAUCCUUCUAGUGUUAUGCUUUCCACCAUCAUUAUGCUUAACGCCAAACAUCCGGAUUGACUGAAGGUAUCAUACCUCUUUUAAAAGCGAAGAACUGAGCAUUUACAUUUUAUUACAACAAUACUGAUGAGUAUUUUCUCAGUCUGGAUUAGACAAUAGCAUUUCAAUUUUUGUUUUGUUUUGCUUAGUGGACUGCUUUAAGGGGAGAAAAUUGGUAGCUAUCACUUUAAUAGUUGGCUUACACUAUAGCAUCAUGGAAUGGUUUGGGUUGGAAAAGACCUUGAAGACCACCUAGUUCUAACUACCUGCUUUGGGCAGAGUUGUGACCCAUGAAAUGAGAUUGCCCAGGAACUCAUCUGACCUGGUCCUAAACACCACCAGGGAUGGAGCAUCCACAGCUUCUCUGGGCAGCUCAUUCCAGUGCCUCAGUACCCUCUUGGAAGUCUCUCCUAGGGUGUUUUCCAUUGGAAAAAAAAUUCAAUUUUGCUGUUGGAAACUUAUUUAAUGUUUUGUUUUGGGUUUGUUUUUUUUUUUUGGUUUUUUUUGGUUUUUUUUUUUUCCAUUCCACAGAGCUUUAAUUUUUAGGCAAAGUAGAUUUUGCCAUUUAGUCCACUGUGGAAAAGUUUUCUGUAAGGAAAAACUAAAACUUUUCAGGAACUACACAAAAAGUAUAAAUUUCUGAUGUCGACUAUAAAAUUAAAUUCCCAAUUGUGUUUAAUGGAAAAUAUUUAAUGAAGCAAAAGCUACAUGCUACUGUAUCUAUGCUACCUCUUGUGUGUACAAAUUUCUGAAACAAACUCAAAUUUCAGUACUUUCCAUAUAUCACAGGGAAUAUUUUCAUAUGUAAAUACUUCUUCCCCAUAUAACUUUGGCAGUGCAUUAAAAUAGUGUAUAAGAAUAUUUUUGAUAAAGUAUUUUAUUUGAAAAUUUUGUUCUUGCUUUGAAAGGGUAAUUUGCCAACAAAUUUCUCUGCUUUUCUGCCCCCUUUAACAGAUAGGAAGAAAACAGAUGUGGGAAACAUAGGAGAGUUUUAGACUUUGUUUUGAGCCUAACACAUGAAUUCAUUUUGCAAUAAGAUAACUGUUUUGAGCCUGAAGAGGGAUUUGCUGGACAUAGACAUCUGCUGUUAUAAUGGGAGUUAUGUAUGUUUGUGUCCAGAUACAGCCUAUGCUGUGUAGUCAAGCUUUCAUCCAUGACAAACUUUCCAAGUCAAGUUGUUGCUUUUUGUUUUGCGUACUUACUUUCUGGCUGCGUUUCAUGCACAAUGGGAUAAGCUUUACAGAUGAGUGUGGAAUUUCAAGUAUGAAACGUGCUGCAAUUUUUCCCAAUUCAUAGAAAACUUCAGAAGUGCCACAUCUAAAGACAGAAUUUCUCUUCAAAGCCUGUUAUUUAAUAAUGGUACCCAUUAUCAAAAAUAAAAGCUGUCUUAUAGUAUUCUACUGUAAAAGUUUUUCUUUUAUUUCACAAAUUGCUAUCCAUUCUUUUUAUAGGAUUGGGUUUGUUUUGCUCUUAUAUUUGUUUGUUUCACAAAGCUUAGUGUGAACACAGGGAGCUCACAGCUUGUUUGUGGUUGAUACUUCUCAAGUAUGAAACUUUACGAAGAAUAUGUUGUUUGUCAGCAUUUACUGCACGAAGUAAUUAUGAAAACCAGAGGCUGAAACCUUGAACUGCACAUUAGUUUGUCUGAAGUUAUAGUAUAAGCCAUAAUACUCUCUGAUGUCUCCGUUCAGAGUGUGAAAGAAAAUAUUUGGUUUUUGCUCAGGUGUCACUAGGAAAGAUGUAUUACCCGGGAAGAAGGAAAUCUUUUGCUUUUACAAUGUCCUUUUGCCUAUUAAUGUGGUAGAUGUAAUAAGUGAAAGGGAAGGUUUCUUCCAGAAAUUGAAUGGUUAUUGUUUUGUACUUAAGGCUUAAACACUGUGAUACAAAAAGAUGCGGGUAAGAAAGACUGGCGAGGCACUGUCGAGGGAACAGUAGAACUCAAGAGCCCAUUGUGGGCUUACUCUUUUUCUGAGAUACUUGAGUGAAAGUGAGAAAUUAUGCCAACAUACAUGAGGCCCAGGUACUAAUGUGUGUGCUACCCUCCAGGUAAACUGAAAUAAAUUUGCUUUUAGUUUACAACUGACAGAAAAUAUUCGAGAUCCCGCUAAUUCUGUUGAUUGUUGCUAGUUUCAAUUAGCAAAAUAUAAAAUUUAAUUUUAGAUGAAUCUUGUAGUAUAAUUAUAGUUACACAUUUUAUUGUUCUAGACAUGAUAGCCAGCAAUUAAGGUGUUUUUCAUCUUAUUGAAAUGCAUUGGCAAAUUAUGACUAUAACAUGGCACAGUUUUAAUGAAAUCUUUGAGAUCAAUCUGUAAAUAUCUACUGUAUAUGACUGCUAGUAAGUAUGAUACACAUUUUCAGAACUGAAAAUCCAUGCAACAUAUUUCCAUGUUUGCAUUAGGAAUGUUGUGUUUCCAUCCUAUUUCAAUUUAAUGACUGGGAAGAAAGACUCAAGCAAUGCCAUUGUGAACAUUUCUCAUUCCUGGGGAGGAAAGCAGAUAGCAGUAUGUCACAGAGUUCUUCACAGAGUUUAUACAUUCUAAUACAAAGGAUAUAAAAUCUGUAAGGUACAAAAGCACAAUGCGUGGAGAAAAUGAGUGGUGGUCUUGCACCUGGGGAGCAAAUCCUUCGUGUUUCAGACAAAAUAUUCAUUAAAAUUAAAUCUUGAUUAUUUUUCGUUAUAAUCAAUAGUCUGUGUUACAACUCUGUCAUUAACAUAAAACUGAACAUAAGUAAACAAAUGUUAAACAUUAUCCAACUAUAUGUGCAUAUGGACAUGUGUCUGUAUGGACAUAUGUGUGUAUAUAUACACAUGGUGAGUAGAUGUAUACACACACAUUCAUAUGUUGGUGUGUUAAAGGAAUAAGCUAAUAAUACUUUUGUUUCUACCAUCAACCAGUGUAUGAUUAUAUUUUUGAGAAAUAAAAGAUUAACGUAUUAAAAAAAACAACAACUUACUAUACAGGGUAAAUGGGCAUUUCUAUAUCAGCAGAUCAAUGCAUAUAAUUCGUAUGGAACAUUGCACCAUUUGACAUGAUGGUAGUACUGUACCUCCUAGCAUCUGAACUUAGACUAGUCCUCACAUUGCUUGCCUAUUUCUUCUCUCUCUUUUUAUAACAGCAUUGUCCACUAGUAAGUUUUCAAAAACAACAGUUCUAAGGGAACCGAGGCAAAAAGGCAAAAUUAACUAUUAAUCAACUAUUUCUAGAAAAUAUUCUAGAGUGGGAUGGCCAGGGUACAAUAAUAUAUCAGUAGUGAUCAUAACAUUUUGCUAUGUGUACAUAGAACAUACAAUGUGAGCAAUCAUAACUUAAGCUGAGCGUGUGUAAAUAUUAUCAGAUUUCUUAAACAUUUUUAACUUCUAAUUUGUACUUUAUGGUAAGGCGAAAAGCUAAUUCUAUGGUUUAGGUUAAUGUGUCCUAAAAUUAUGUAAAUAAUUAAAUAAGCUGUAAAUGAGCGGUCAAUAGAUAUAGUAAUUGUUUAGUGACUUUUUUUUACUAAGUACAAUAAUUGCAGUGCUCUAGCAGAGUAAUUUAAACACCCUUUUGCAUAAACAGAUUUGGAUACCAGAUCUUAAAAAAAAAAUACAGAAAGUACUGAGGUGCAAAAAAAUAACCAUUUCAACUGUAUUACUGCUAGCACAAUCCGUUCUUUUGUAUGGUUAAACCAUUCAAGCAGUGGAAGACUGUAGUUCGGCUCUCAGUACUUGGCAUAAACAUAUAAGGCCUGAUUUUCACAUACAGUAAGGUACCUUUAUGUUGCUCCAGUGAGUGGCGAUGUGAAGGAAGCCAGGGUAGGUGAGAAUUCAGCUGCUGGUGAUCUUAUUACAGAAAGUCUGCAUACUGCAUUUCUUUCUGCAAUCUGUAUCCCUUAUGGUAUCUAAUAGUAGAUUUACAGUUUUUCUUUAGAUAAAAAAUAUAUAUUUGACUGUCAUUAGAUAGCAUAGUCCCCCAAAGCCAAAGAAUCUUCACUCCAGAAAUUGUUUAAAAGGGAAAUCUUAUAAGUCAUUGCUUAACACCAAAGGUAAAGCUUAAUAAAAUGCACUAGGAACUUUGUCUAAAUUUUUAAGAAGCAAGUGGAAUGUUGAUCAAAAAUACUGCCCUGUUCUUUGUAAAAAUGGUUAUAAUUUAAAUAUUCAUUAAUAUUGAAUUGAAAUAGGUCACCUCUACAAGGAUAUGCAACGCAGACAUUUCAUAAGUAUAGAAUUAUUUUCUUUGUAAGUACUUUGACAAAAAAAAAAAAAAAGAUAAUUAAAGAUGAGAAGUCUCACCUAUACUUUCAUACUAAGGGUUGUAUUUUUUUAAUGUUUUUUCAGACAUAAGGUCAUCUAUUCCAAUUUGAUAAUGUUUUGUAUGUUUUCACUGUUAACAGUCGUUUGACAAAUAUUCACCAGGCUGUAUUGUUCAUGGUCUGUCCUGUUACUUUCAGUUGAAGACAGAAAGAACAUCUGAAACAUGAUUAAUUCUAACAAGCUGACUAUGAUUUGACUUCUAUCAUGUUUUUAUUUGCAUGGGUGUUUAAAUGGUUCUGUUAGUACUGUCUUUGCACAGUUCUGAUUUAUCUUUUUUACUUAGUACUAUUUACUUCAUAAUGUAGUAAUCAUCAGCCUUACUAAUGACCUUGUAGCCUUUCUUAUAUGCACAUAAUGCACAUUUUCCAAUGGCUAGAAAAUGCAAAAUACUAGUGGAUAUCAUCGCAUCAGAUCUUCAUGUCUUUCUCAAAAGGACUGCUAACCUCUGGGAUACACGAGGUAGUAAAAUGAUGAUUGUAAAUGAGUAGCACAUAAGAGAUAUUUUCUUGAAUUUAGAAUUAUUGCAGCCAGUUUCAGCAUGUAAAUAUAUAAUAAUGUUGGCUAGUGUGUAAUUCUUGAACUAAAAAAAUAUAAAUAAAGAAAACCUAAAAGAUGUA